AUGGGAAGACGCGCAAAGAACAAGCAGGGAGAUCCCUCACCUUUGGCUGAAGUCAAGGAAAAUGCUGGACGACCAUCCCAGAAGAAGCUCGGCAAGCGGAAAGCGGACGAUGUCGAUUCUGCGAACAAACGGCCUGCAAAAAAGGUGAAGGAAGGCGAGGCUAGAACGGACAAGCCCUCGAAGCCCACUGCGGCGAAGGGCAGGGCGACGACCGCUUCCAAGAACGAGGGCAAGGCAAGACCCGUCAAAUCCAAGUCGAAGAAGCCUAGUUUCGAGGACGAUGCUGAGGGUGCAGGAGGCAGCGAGGGCUGGGAGGACGUCGAGGACGAUGGGGACUUACAGCAACAUGCGAAGACAUUAUUCCAUGAGGACGAUGAAGAUGAAUUUGUUGGCUUCGAAGGAGACCUGAACGACCUAGAUUUGGAUGGCGCGGACGAGGACGAUGACCUAUUGAGAGGUCCCGCCCAAGAGCUCGACCUCGGCUCGGACGAUGAAGAAGAGGAUGAGCUCCCCGUAAAGCUCAAGAGCAAAAAGUCAAAACAAGCUGACCGCCCACUCAAGAUCAUACCGACCAUGUCGGACGCGUCUUCAGGCGAGAGUGACGAGGAGGAAGAGGACGAGGACGGCCCCAUCACCAUGAAGAAUAUCGAGGCCCGCUCACGUGCUUUGGACGCGAGAGCUGCCCGUGAGGCAGAGCUCGAUCUGGAAGAGUUGCAGCAGGCCGAGCUUGCAGGAGAGGAGGACGGGGACGAUUUCGCGGACGCGGAUAUGGACGAGGAAGGUGAGGGCGGGGAGGACAGCGAGGCCUUUGUCCUGCCAACGGCGGAGGAGAGGGAGGAAGAGAAGAAGAGAGGCGGCCCAGACGUGCACACGGUUCAGAGACGAAUGCGCGAGUGUGUAAGGGUACUAGGCAACUUCAACAAGCUUGCGGCUAAAGGAAGGUCGAGAUCGGAGUACGUCCAGCAGCUCAUCUCGGACAUUGCAAGCUAUUACGGCUAUAAUGACUUCCUCGCCGAGAAAUUGUUCCAACUCUUCCCCGUUGCAGAGGCAAUUGAGUUCUUCGAGGCGAACGAGGUACCCCGACCCGUAACAAUCCGGACGAACACCCUCCGGACACGGAGACGCGACCUCGCACAAGCGCUGAUCAACCGCGGCGUGAACUUGGAGCCCAUCGGCAAAUGGACGAACGUUGGCCUGCAGGUGUUCGAGUCGAGCGUACCGAUCGGCGCGACGCCCGAGUAUCUCGCCGGCCACUACAUGCUGCAAGCCGCCUCGUCGUUCCUGCCGGUGAUCGCGCUGUCUCCCCAACCUGGCGAGCGCGUGCUGGACAUGGCGUCCGCCCCGGGCGGCAAGACGACGCAUAUGGCGGCGCUCAUGCAAAACACGGGCGUCGUUUUCGCCAACGACGCGAACAAGGCGCGCGUGAAGAGUCUGACGGCGAACGUCCACCGGCUGGGCUGCAAGAACGUCGUGGUGUGCUCCUACGACGGCCGUGAGUUCCCGAAGGUCAUCGGAGGGUUCGACAGGGUCCUGCUCGAUGCCCCUUGCAGCGGGACAGGUGUCAUUUCCAAGGACGCGAGCGUCAAGACCAACAAGUCCGAACGUGACUUUGCGCUCCUCUCGCACCUCCAAAAACAGCUCAUACUCUGCGCCAUCGACAGCGUCGCACCAGACUCCAAGACUGGCGGGUACCUCGUCUACUCGACCUGUUCGGUGACGGUCGAUGAGAACGAGGCGGUGGUGGACUACGCGCUCCGAAAACGUCCCAACGUGAAGCUUGUCGACACUGGGCUCGAGUUCGGCCGUCCCGGAUACACCAGCUACCGCGGGAAGACGUUCAGCGAUAAGCUGAGCCUCACGCGUCGCUUCUAUCCCCAUGUGCACAACAUGGACGGGUUCUACGUCGCAAAGUUCAAAGUCGAGAAGCGCGCCAAGGUUAAGGGCGAGAAGGACGAAGCCGCCGGCGGCACGAAGGGUGUCGAUGCUGAUGUCGAUAUGGGUGACGCAUCGCCCGCAUUCGACGAUGCGGAGGACCAGCAGUAUAUCGAAGGUGAGCUCAGCCUCUAUAUCUUAUGCCCCUUCGCUUCCUGCGCGCACGAGCGUCGAGAGACGACCAGGCAGGGCUUUGUUGUGAUGCUCGUCGAUCUUGGAUACUGA